AUUAAACUAACAGAAAAGCAACGAGUGCUCCCGUCGCAGUAGAGAUAAAACUUCCUUAUCAAUAACGAUACGGGCAGAAGAAUUGAAUAUAAAGAUAAUAGAUUACGAUUUUCCUGCUAGUGAGUCACUCCUAUUUGAAUUGUCAAUGAACAAGAAAGAUUAUUUGAUUGCAGUAUUCUACAGGCCACCUUCAAAAAGUAUUAACCAAUUCAAUGAGCAAAUAGAGAAUUGGCUGCAAACUGGACAUGUGAAUAGCAAAAAGAAUCUUAUAAUCAUGGGAGAUAUGAACAUUGAUAUCUUGGAGCGAAACAUCAAUCCACAAUCAGAAAGCUAUCUUAAUAUAUUGUAUACAGCUGGUCUGCAAAAUGGAAUAAAAGAGCCAACCAGAGAAGAACUGUAUGCUGAUCAUAUAACGUCUUCAUGCAUAGACCACAUCAAUUCCAGAAUAAACCCAAAUCAGAUAGAGACAAUGAUUAUUAAAACGAAAAUAGCAGAUCAUUAUAUGAUUGGUUUCAAGCUGAAUGGAAUUGGAACAGAAACAUCAGUAACAGAUGAAAAAAUAGAGGUUAUCUCGGAUAGGCUUGUAGGAAAUAUGAUUAGGAAUACUAACUGGAAUGAUCAUUUAACAUCAAACGAUCCAACAAAGAUAUAUGACUCAAUUGUUCAAAAAUUUGAAACCAUUUAUGCAAAAGCUACAAUAAAAAUCCGCAAUAAGAGAGAUGGAAAAACCCAGCCAUGGAUAACCGAACACAUUAAAGACCGAAUCAAAAUGAAAGAUGUAUUGUGGAACAGAUUAAAAAGACAACCAAAUAAUAAUCAAUUGAAGAAUGAAUAUAAAAACCACAGAAACAAUCUAACUAACGAAAUACGUAGAGAAAAGCGUAACCACUACUACAAUAAAGUCAAAGAUCAUAUCGGAGAUGCCAAGAAAACAUGGAAUGCAGUUAACGAGAUACUCAAUGUAAGGAAGAAACCAAUCCAGUCAAUAAUAAGGGAGAAUUUCAAAAUCGGGAAAGAAGAAGAUCUCAAUAAAUUAUGCAAUAGCUUCAAUGAACAUUUUAAAACCAAGAUAGAAGAAAUGAACAGAAACAUAUCAACAGAUGAGCUGUACGUGCCAACGAUUGAAACUGAUGAACUUGACUUGAGAAACGAACCACAUACCAUAAUAAGAAAAAUACAGAUGAAUAAAUUACACAGUAUAGUGAAAAAAUUAAAUAGAACUGCCUCUCCAGGAAUUGAUAAUAUCAAACCAAAACAUAUAAGAGACCAUUUUGAAUACCUGAAAAGAAUUCUCCUUCACCUAUACAACAUAAUAAUUGAAACAGGAAAAAUCCCAACGAAAAUGAAAACAACCCUACUCAAACCUAUUUAUAAAAACGGCCAAAAAAAAGAUAUUCAAAAUUACAGACCAAUAGAAGGUCAGCCCACACCAGAGCUCAUCAGAAAAAUGGUGGUUUUGAUGGAGCGAUUGACAGCGACGCAAACCGAAGAAGCGAUCAGAUAG